AUGUGGGACUGGCAUCAAAAGCUCAAAACGCGUCUCGAGGCAGAAAUAAAAGAGAUCAUCGUUGCGGAGGCAAAAAUAUCUACAAGCAAUCAAGUCCAACGAAUGGGCCCCUUCCUCUCCCUUGUUAAGCCCGAGAAACUUCCCCUUAUCACUAUCCUUGAGAUCAUGCGCCUCCAAGGCAGCAGCGGUGUCUCAGAUGGGAUGAAAACUGCCUGGGCGCUCCUCACCGUCGGGCGCGCUGUCGAGAAUGAGUACAAAGCUGAGAUGUGCAAGCGCAACCAUAUCGCCAUGCACGCCCAGGCGAGUUCACUGGUUAUUUCACGGGCCUCGGGUACAAGGACUUGCAUGCGCGCCGGAUGA